AUGGCUGGCAUCAUGUCGUGGCAAUAUGGCAAAGUCAUUGCCCUCUUUAUCUCUCUGACUCCUGUGGCUCUCGCGCUAGACAACUUCCCAGACUGCACCAGCGGUCCCUUGAGCAAGCUCGCUGUCUGUGAUACGUCCCUCGAUGUGACCACUCGUGCUCGGUCACUGGUGAACGCCAUGACCUUCAAGGAAAAAGUCAACAACACGCAAUACAACUCUCCCGGUGUGCCGAGACUAGGCCUGCCAGCAUACAACUGGUGGAGCGAAGCACUGCACGGCGUAGCAGGAUCACCUGGCGUCGAGUUCGCCGACAGCGGCCCAUUCAGCUAUGCCACCUCGUUUCCCCAGCCUAUUCUCCUGGGCGCGACCUUCGACGACGACUUGAUCAAGCAAGUCGCCACAGUUGUAAGCACCGAGGGUCGGGCAUUUGGUAACGUUGGUCGUGCCGGACUGGACUUCUGGACGCCGAACAUCAACCCGUUUCGCGAUGCGCGCUGGGGCCGGGGACAGGAGACACCAGGGGAAGACCCGCUGCACGUCUCGCGAUAUGUCUAUCAUCUCGUUGAUGGGCUGCAGAAUGGCAUUGGCCCGGCGAAUCCCAAGGUUGUGGCCACCCGCAAGCAUUUUGCAGCGUAUGACCUGGAGGACUGGAAUGGUGUCGUGCGCCACUCCUUCAACGCGGAGGUGUCGACGCAGGAUCUGUCCGAGUUCUACCUCCCUCCUUUCAAGAGCUGCGCCCGUGAUGCCAAGGUCGAUGCCGUCAUGUGCAGUUACAAUGCAUGGAAUGGCGUUCCUGCCUGUGCCGAUUCCUAUCUCCUGCAGACGAUUCUUCGCGAGCACUGGAAGUGGGAUGAGCCGGGCCAUUGGAUCACGAGCGAUUGCGGUGCCAUCGACGAUAUCUACAACGGCCAUAAUUACACAAAGACUCCAGUCGAGGCCGCUGCUACAGCGCUGAACGCAGGCACGGAUUUGGAUUGCGGCAGCGUGUUCCCCAAUUACCUUGGACAGGCCGCAGACGAGGGACUCUAUUCCAACCAGACGCUUGAUACCGCGCUUGUUCGGCUGUACUCCUCCCUCGUGAAACUGGGGUACUUUGAUCCCGCAGAGAAGCAACCGUAUCGCUCCAUCGGGUGGAAGGAUGUCGACACCCCUGCCGCAGAAGCACUCGCUCACAAGGCGGCUGUCGAGGGCAUCGUUCUAUUGAAGAACGACAAGACCCUUCCACUCAAGCCCAAUGGCACGCUGGCCCUGAUCGGACCAUAUGCCAACGCAACAAAGCAAAUGCAAGGCAACUACGAGGGCCCUCCAAAGUAUAUCCGCACGCUCCUAUGGGCCGCUACCCAGUUGGGAUAUAAUGUGAAAUACGCCUCCGGCACAGCUAUCAACACAGACAGCACCGCCGGGUUUGACGCAGCACUGUCAGCGGCCAAACAAGCAGACGUCGUGGUAUACGCAGGUGGUAUCGACAAUAGCAUCGAGGCCGAAGGUCACGACCGCACCACCAUCGUCUGGCCCGGGAACCAGCUGGACUUGGUCAACCAGCUCUCAAAGAUCGGCAAGCCCCUCGUUGUAGUCCAGUUCGGAGGCGGGCAAGUCGACGACUCAUCUCUACUCUCGAAUCCGAACGUCAACGCUCUACUCUGGACCGGUUAUCCCAGCCAAGAAGGCGGAUCCGCCAUCUUCGAUAUCCUCACCGGGAAGACCUCGCCUGCGGGCCGCCUGCCAGUAACUCAAAACCCGGCAGACUAUGUCAACCAGGUUCCAAUGACAGAUAUGGCCCUACGUCCGGGGUCGGACACUCCAGGACGUACCUACCGGUGGUACGAUAAGGCGGUCGUGCCGUUUGGCUUUGGACCGUAUAGCACUGCAGCGCUGGUGGCCCGCGCACCCAAGCAUGUACCGGUCGAUACAGCUCCGUUUGACACCUUCCGCAUCCAAGUCAUCAAUACAGGAAAGAUCACGUCAGAUUAUGUGGCGUUGCUGUUCUUGAAGACUACGGAUGCAGGACCAAAGCCAUAUCCUCUCAAGACGCUGGUGGGCUACACACGUGCGAAGCAGAUCAAGCCUGGCGAGAAAAGAUCGGUUGAUAUUGAAGUCACAUUGGGAUCGUUGGCGCGGACGGCGGAGAACGGUGACUUGGUGCUGUACCCGGGACGGUACACUCUGGAGGUGGAUGUGGGAGAGAACCAAUAUCCCACUGCUAAUUUCACGGUCGAAGGCAAAGAGGUAAUUCUGGACAGCUUUCCCCAGCCUCCUAAAACUCGGUGA